UCACACCCAACGUCACCGUAGCCAUGCAACCAUCUCUCAUGACGCUAGUCCUUCUAGCACCAACACAAGCUAUAGCAUCCGAGCCCACCCAGGUAACCAAGGUAAUUGUAAGAACCAGCACCAUUGACGCUCCCUCCGAGUUCACUCAAGCUAGCAUCGUAGCUCAGCUGCAGAAAGAUUCGAUGCUCCCUGCUUCCCCAACCCUAGCUUGGAUAGAACCUUCCUGGUUGUUGUACAGCGACGCCACACCCACCGAGACAUCGGUUGCGGCACCCACUGAGACUCCAGUCGCAGCACCUACGUCCAAACCCGAUAACUGGAACACCAACCCUAAAGAAGACAAGAUUCACGUAAUGAUCUUCCUCGGCGUCACCGGCGGCCUCUUCGGCCUCAUGGUUUCGCUAGGCCUCCUCGGCUCCUGCGUUCAAGUAUAUCAGCGUCGAUCUCGCGCUAAGAAGGCAUCCGGCUCCUCUUCCAAUAAUGACCAGACUAGAGACGUGGAGCGUACCGCCGGUCUCCCAGGUAAUUUAGGCAUUCUCAAAUCAGAUGCUAACAAUAGUUCCCGGACGCUUGUUGCGGGUGAGGCGCAUGAGGGUGGUGUUGUUAUCAUGAUGCCAGAGUUUCCGGCUCCUGCGUAUCGGAAUAAUAUUUCGCCUCAGGAUGUACAUUAUCCGGAGGGCGAGACGAUGUCUCAGGCGCCGCAAGGAUCGGCUUCGGUGCGUCCAACGGGCUCUUGA